AUGUUCGGGAGCGUUAGCAACGGCGUGUCCAAUGACAAUCCUUUCGGAGGGCACUUCACUUCGGCCGUCGGCCAAGAGGAUAAAGACGACGGCAGCACCGAGGAGGAGGAGGAGGAGGAGGAGGAGGAGGACAUAGAAGAAGAAGGAGGGCACGGAGACGCGGAAGAUCUGCCAGCAGCAGGGGGCAACGGACUCUCGCCCAGAAAAUUCCGGAAAAGCAGCAGCAGCAGCAGCAGCGAGAACCGGCUCCUUCGAGCGAACACCGGGGCCUCGGCGGCCGUUGUGGUUGACGGGCCCUUCUCUGACCUGCAGGCGUACAUGACUCUCCCCGUUUCGGAGUACAGCCUGCUCGACAGCAGCAUCAUACGGCGGGUUUCCGAGACUUCGUUUCGAUUCCAGAUACCCCUGAAAGACUUUGUAGGCCUGGACUUUACGCCGACCAUGGAGGUCGAGGUCGAGCUGGACCGCCCGGCCGGGGCUGUCGUCUUCCGGUCGACGCGCUCGACGCUGUACGGCAACGUGGGGAAGCCUGGCGAGGAAGCCAGCACCAACCCCUGGCCAGAGGCGGGGUCCAGCCAGGUGGAGUACUUUCGAGUCGGAUUCGACGCGCGCCUUAGGUGGGUCGACGGGGAUGCAUCCCUAGCGCCUCGACGGCAGAGAGGCAGGGGGGGAUUCGCCGGGACUUUCGCUCGCCGCCCACGGCCAGAGGCGGAGCCGGCACCGCCGCCUGCGGCAGCGGCGGCUGGACCGGGGGAGGACGCAGAUGGCGGCGGAGAGGCGGCAGGGGGUGUUGGUGAUUCCCGCGGCGGCGGUGGCGUAGUGGCUCCACCGGCGGUGCCCGCGGGCGAGGCGGAGGCCUCCUCGGUGGAGCCGCCAACGGACGGGGAGCUUGCGGCGGACGUGGAGCCGGCGACGGUGUUUUGCGACACGGAGAUAAAGGUCCAGGUGCUGCUGCCGCCACCCUACAACACUUUGCUGCCGUGGCGGCUCGUUCGCGUCCUGCUGGGGAAGCUGCUGUCGACCAUCGUCGCCUACAUCCUACCGAGGUUUUUGGAGUUGCUUGCAGACGACUUCUACGGCUGGCAGUCGGGCACCCGGCGUGCGGCGGCCACGGCGGGCGAGACCGGCAGGACGCUCUUGGGCGGCACCGGCGGCGGCGGGAUCGGAGGCGGGAUCGGAGGCGGGAUCGGUGCCCGAAGAACCUUCCCUGCGGUAGGGCAGCAAGCAGGCGCCCAGGGUAGUGCUGAUGCUCCAGACCAGCAGCGAGCCAACGAAGGAGCAAGAUGGCGUGGCGAUGGUGGCGAUAGCAACGAAAAUGCCAACAGCAGCAGCAACAUUCGCAAUCCGGUUGUCGGGGGGCUGCAGCGUCUCCGCAACGUUCGGGGGCCUGGCGGCGACCGAGGGAGAGGGAGGAGGCAGCAGACGCCGGGUGCGGAGGCGGCGUCGGUAGUAGGCGAGGAUGCAGCCUCCGCGGCACCGGCAUCGUCUGCCGCAACGAUGCGACCACCGACAGCGGCCGCUUAUGCGGACGGAGCCCCCCGUCCGGGAGAAGAAGGUUUUCCGGUGGAGUCGGUGGUCUCCUCUACUACUGGUUUGUCCGGGGAUGAGUUCAACUUCGAGGUUAGCGUUCAGGAGGAGGAGGCGGGGGAGGGGGAGGGGGAGGGGGAACGAGGGGGUGGGCAGCAGGGCCGGCGACGCGGAUGGAGGGGGGGCAGGAACCGGGAUGUUGGUGGUGGUGAUGGUGGUGGUGGUGGUUCGGUAAACUGGUGGGGUUAA